AUGGCCCUGUCGAGACCUCCUACGAAGGCCGCAGGCAGUACGUCCAUGAAGCUCACUCGCCCGGAGAUCGCGCGGCUCGUCAGCGAAGCAACGGCGUUUUUCGCCACAGGCGCGGACGAAUCAAACUCAGAGUCGGGAACGUGCUCGCGCGCGGCGGACAGCGUCAGAGUGUGGAGCCUACGGGAUGCGGGCGCCAGGGUCCUCGCGAGCGCCCAGAAAAGGAACCUCGGGUGCAGCGUUCUCGAGCUUGACGGGUUCGGCCGGCUCUCGACUGCCCACCCAGUGGCGUCGGUCAGGACCCCGCUCGCCAGUGUCCCGCACCUCUCCAACCCCGGGCUUCCUCUCCAGCCCGUCUGCAUCGUCGCAGGCUCCGCCUUGCCCAUCCCGUCCCGCAGCGGCAGGCGGCUGCUGCCCCCAUCGGCCCCGCCAUGCUCCGCCCACCGUGCUGGCUCCGACGCGGCUGGGCUCCGAGGGGACAUCGAAGGGGGCGGCGGCAGGGAGCACGGCGGCGGCCUGGAGGCGCUGCAGCAGCAGGACCCAGAGGUGGAGCAGGUGGUGAUUUCGUCCGAGUUCGCAGUGGCGUACGUGAUGGCGUUGGAGGGAACCGACCCUGGAUGGCGCAAAGCAAACAUCGAGGGACCCGUCUACCUCGUUCGGCGGUCAAGGUCGCCGUGGUACCGGCUGAUCGUGAAGAACCGACUCAACCAAAGCGCGGACCUCUGCGAUGAUUUGCACCCAGAUUGGGAGCUCGACUGCCAGACGAACUACAUCUUCUACAAGGUCGGGGACGCCGCGGAGCGCAUCCGCGGCCUGUGGUUCCACGAGGACUCGGAGCGGGUACGCGUCGAGGGUGCGCUGGAGCGGGCGCUGUGGGAGACGCGCCACGAGCAGCCGCCCCCGGGGCGCGCCUACGAGCCGCAGGUCGAGCCGCCGCCGCGGGCGCAGCAGGGCCGCGCGCCCCCGGCCGGCGCCGCGCGCGCCGCACCGCCCGGCGCCGGGGGGGCGGUGGGCGCCUCCGCGAGCGCGGUGCGCGCGGCGCUGCACGCGCUGGCCGAGGACGGACGACGACUUCGUCGCAAUGUUCAUGCAGAAGCUCCGCGCCGGGUAGUAGGGGAACCCGCCUAG